AUGUCUCGACGUCAUUUGCGCGAGUCGGUCGAAUCGCUUAUCGGGAGCUACUUUGAUCCUGAAAUCAAGGAGCUUGAAGGAAUCAAUGCAGAGAUGGAUGGAAGACUGCAAAGCAUGUUGAGAUGUAUCAAAGAGGAAGGUAGUUGUACGAAAGACACGAUUACAGGCUUCAUUGGGACUUUGAACAGCGAUUACCAGUCUCUUUACUCGCGUUACGACCAUCUAAUCGAGAAGCUAAGAAAAAAAGCCGAGGGCAAGCAAGGGAAUUGCGGUUCUUCACCCACCUCGGGGUCCUCGGACUCAGAUGAAGCACCGAUAAAUUUACCGGCAAAAAGCCCUGAACACGAGAAAUGGGGAAAAGAAAAUUCGAAACUUCGGAUGGAAAAUGUUAGCCUCAAGCUUGAACUCGUCAAAUUGCGCGCACUGCACAUGGAAGUAACUGAAGCGAAAAAUCGGGAAAUUAAUCGGCUGGAAGAAAAUGUUGAAGAGGUUAAGACAGAGUUGGAGAUGAAAGACGACGAGAUCAGCAGGUUGGCAGACAACUUGAGAGCCAUCGAAAUCAGCCAACGUUUGACCAACCGGAAGCUUCUUGUCACGGAACAGUUACUGGGUGAGAAAGAGGAGAGCCACCGAGUAAGGGUGGAGAAGUUUCUAGAAGAUCACAAGUUGCUCGAGGAAAGGAUUUCUGCGUAUGAAGAAGCUCGGGCGAAAACCUCAACCGAAAUAUCUGAUAAGGUAAAUGAAACUUUAAUGGGGAUGGAUAACUUGAGCGCGAAGUUUCAGGAGGACUACAAGCAUUUUGAGUCCCGUGUUUAUGAUAUCACAAACAAGCUGAGUGUUGUGCUGAAAUGUAUAGAUGAGAAUAAUAUCGAGAAGGAUCGGAUGAAGAAUGAAAUUUCCGAUCUGGUCGGGCAACUGAAGGAAAAGGAGGAACUUGAGACGAAGUUGGGGUCAUAUGGAGAGGAAAGGAAAAAUUUGACUCGAGCUUUGGAAGAACGGGAAGAAAAGAUGGCGGAGAUGGAAAGGCGGAUGAAAGAGAAAGAUGAGAGAAUCUUGAGCAUGGCUGAAGAGAAAAAGGAGGCCAUAAGACAGCUGUGCAUUUGGAUCGAUGAUCAUCAUCAACGUGAUCGUGCGGCAGCCAUGAAAACGAGAGGCGAAAGAGGGCUUAUAGCUGCGUGUUUCCAGAGUGCAUUCUAA